GAAGUAGUUCAGUGUGAGCGUAAACUGUACAAACCGGUCUGUAUCACAGCGAAGCCUUUACUAAAGAAGCCGAUUUCUCCAUUUCUGUUUUCACAGGGCUGAGGAAGAAGAUGAAAGGGGAGCAGUUCAGCCCAAAUGUGAUCCAGCAUCACUAGGUUUUAAGGACAAAGGGUCUAAAUCCCCAGGAUAUCCACAGGAUGUAGGCAAACAUUGUAGUUUUAAGUGAAAACCACACAGAAAUGACCAGCCCUUCUAGGAGCAUAGACGAUCAGAGGGGAACCGGAGAAGGCCCGGCUCACAAGGCGGAGACGCCCCGGUACCGCAGCUGGAGCAGCCUGCGCUUCUCCAGGUGGAGGAGCAGCUCCCAGAGGACGACUCCUCCGAGCACCCCCUCUCCAAAGACCGAGAAGAGAAGCGACGUUUCCCGGACUCUCUUCACUCUGGUCAGGACGCACAAUGACGACUACACGGCGGACCCGGACGGCACGCUGGACAUGGGCGCGGAGGCCGAGGUCGGCCUGGAUGACCUGCUGCAGGAUCAGACCACGUACUUCCAGAAGCAGUUCGGCUCCAUGCUGCAGCCCGGCGUCAACAAGUUCUCACUGCGCAUGUUCGGCAGCCACAAGGGGGUCGCAGCAGAGCAGGAAAGGGUCAAGAGCUUUGGGGUGUGGAUCAUCCACCCCUACAGUGAUUUCAGGUUUUACUGGGAUAUUGUGAUGCUUCUUCUGAUGAUGGGUAAUCUGGUCAUCCUGCCCUGGGGAAUCACCUUCUUUGAAGACCAAAACACCAUGCCCUGGAUUAUCUUCAAUUUCCUGUCCGACACGCUCUUCCUCAUGGAUCUGGUCUUUAACUUUCGUACCGGUAUCCCGGGAGAGGACAGUCACAUUAUUCUGGACCCCAAAGAGAUCCGCAUGCACUACCUCCGCACCUGGUUCCUGGUAGACUUUGUUUCCUCCAUCCCUGUUGAUUACAUUUUUCUAAUCGUUGACCUGGAGUCCCGCCAUGAGUCGUCUGAUGUGUACAGGACGGCGCGGGCUCUGAGGAUUGUGCGUUUCACCAAGAUCCUCAGCCUGCUGCGUCUUCUCCGACUUUCACGUCUCAUCCGUUACAUCCAUCAGUGGGAAGAGAUUUUCCACAUGACUUAUGACUUGGCCAGCGCUGUGGUGCGUAUAGUCAACUUGAUUGGUAUGAUGCUGCUGCUGUGCCACUGGGAUGGCUGUCUGACCUUCAUGGUUCCUAUGCUGCAAGACUUUCCUCCAGACUGUUGGGUAUCUAAAAACAACAUGGCGAACGCCACCUGGCAUAUCCAGUACUCCUACGCCCUGUUUAUGGCCAUGAGUCACAUGUUAUGUAUAGGAUAUGGCGCUCACCCUCCAGAGGGCAUGACCGAUGUUUGGCUCACCAUGAUCAGCAUGGUUGUUGGAGCCACCUGCUAUGCCAUGUUCCUGGGUCACGCAACCACCCUGGUCCAAUCUUUGGAUGCAUCCCAUCGCCAGUAUCAGGAGAAGUACAAGCAAGUGGAGCAGUAUAUGUCGUUUCAUAAACUGCCAGCCGAUGUGCGGCAGAGGAUUCAUGAUUACUACGAGCACCGAUUCCAGGGCAAGAUGUUUGAUGAAGACAGCAUCCUGGGAGAACUCAGCGACCCACUGAAGGAGGAGAUUGUCAGCUAUAACUGCCGUGGACUUGUCGCCAACAUGCCGCUCUUUGCCAACACCGACCCUCACUUUGUCACCGUGAUCCUGACCAAGCUGCGCUUUGAAGUUUUUCAGCCAGGAGACUUUGUGAUACGAGAGGGAACGCUGGGUCGGAAAAUGUAUUUCAUCCAGCAUGGCACCGUCACGAUUAUCCCGCGUGGCAGUAAAGAGAUAAUACUCAGUGAUGGAGCCUACUUUGGAGAGAUCUGCCUACUAACUCAGGGCCGACGGACGGCCAGCGUGAGGGCCGACACCUACUGUCGUCUUUAUUCGCUGAGCGUGGACGACUUCAACGAAGUCCUGGAGGAACAUCCUCUGAUGAGGCGGGCGUUUGAGAGCGUGGCUGUGGAGCGACUGGAUCGAGUUUCACGUAGAUCCAGUUAUCAACCUCCAACAACUGAGUCCGAGUGAAAUAAGAAGAAAGAGAAAGAGACUCCAGACAGACAGACAAAGCACUUUUUAACAGAUCUCAAGAAAAUAAAUGUAAAAUAAUGUCUACUUGGAUUUUAUUGAUGUACACAAACUGGAUAAACCUUUGUCAUUGCUUUUUCUCUUUUUUCUGAAUAGAUCCAUAUGUUCUUUUUUUAAAACAAGUUAUAGACUAUAAGCCAAAUAAUUCAGAUGUUCACACAGAAAUACAUCCAAAAAAUCCACUGGACCUCAAGGACUGGAUUUCUGUUUGCCCAGUUCUGGGAUGGGAGCACCAGAUGGUGGUGCAUCAUAAAGCUUUCUGAUUCAAAUGAUCCCUAAGAUCUGUAUGUUGUGUCACAUGGAGGUUAAUACCGAUGGGCGAUAAGCUCCAGUGAUGUAAUAAUUCAACUGUGAUCGCAGCUGCAGGUGGUGGUGAACUUUUACAUCUCCCUAUUUUUCUCAUUUGUCAUUGUCAGGAUUUAUAGUUACAAUGGGUUUCAAAAAAUAAUGAAUUUUAAAUGAUUGGAUGCACAAAAAAUAAAUAAAUGAAUAAAACUCUUGGUAUGUUAUUAGACUUCCAGAUUGAAUCACUUAAAUUCUGCUGAUAUAUGAUUCUUGUCAAGCACUUUUCACCAGGAAGAGAGGCAAAGGCAGGCAGAGAAAAGGUAAAACUGAGUUUGUUUGCAUUUUUUCAUCAACUGCCUCUUGUUUUACAUGCUUAAGAUCCUGCUAAUAAGGUUUGUUUGUAAAGUGUUUUGGUCAAAACAGGUCUUUAGUAGAGUGGUGGUAAUAUUUUAAAUGGUAUAAAAUGAAAUAAAAUUUGAGGGAUAAAUUGCUUUGCAUGUUUGCAGAGCUGUAAUUAGACCUCCUCUGACUGGGUUUUAUAUUUGUUUAUAUUUUCCUUGCACUGAUUAUGCAGAGUAAAUAUAUUUCUGACCCCGAGACAUAAUAAUUAGUUUUCCAAAGCAGCUGACACAGAACGACAAAGAACAUUAGCUUAUAUUUGUGCACAUUGCAUUGAUUUUUUAAAUUUAAAGAAGCAUUUAUUUACAUUUCCAAAACACUCUCUAUAUUUAUAUUUAUGUCCAUCUGAAACCUUUGCGUGUUAUGCAAAGAGUGUAAGCAGAAGAAAAAUAUUGGUGUACAUAACAGAUGCAGAUGUUUUUCUAAAUAAUGGCUAAUAAGUCAGU